GAGAUGGCUCUCAAUGACUGCUACCCCCUGAACUUGGCAGUGGAGCAGCCAGUGCACUGCAACGUCUCCAAUCACAGCGUGGACCUCCGCGCGCCCGACGGCUGGCUCCACCCGGGCAUCCUCUAUGUCAUCCCUGUGCUCUACGGCGUGAUCAUCCUCAUCGGCCUCGUCGGCAACAUCACCCUGAUCAAGAUCUUCUGCACUGUCAAGUCCAUGCGCAGUGUGCCAAACCUGUUCAUCUCCAGCCUGGCCCUGGGCGACCUGAUGCUCCUGGUAACGUGCGUGCCCGUGGACGCCAGCAGGUACCUGGCCGACAGGUGGCUGUUUGGCAGGGUUGGCUGCAAGCUGAUCCCCUUCAUACAGCUCACCUCGGUCGGGGUGUCUGUGUUCACGCUCACGGCGCUCUCGGCAGACAGGUACAAAGCCAUUGUCAGGCCAAUGGAUACGCAGGCUUCUCACCCCCUGAUGAAGAUCUGCCUCAAAGCCACCUUCAUCUGGGUCAUCUCCAUGCUGCUGGCCAUCCCGGAGGCUGUGUUUUCUGACCUGCAUCCCUUCUACGAAGCAAGCACCAACCAGACCUUCAUUAGCUGUGCCCCGUACCCACACUCCAAUGAGCUGCACCCCAAAAUCCACUCCAUGGCGUCCUUCCUGGUCUUCUACAUCAUCCCGCUGUCCAUCAUCUCGGUCUACUACUACUUCAUCGCCAAAAAUCUGAUCCAGAGUGCUUACAAUCUGCCCAUGGAAGGGAACAUCCAGAUCAAGAAGCAGAUCGAAUCCCGGAAGCGACUCGCCAAGACAGUGCUGGUGUUUGUGGCCCUCUUUGCCUUCUGCUGGCUCCCCAACCACGUCAUCUACCUGUACCGCUCCUACCACUACUCGCAGGUGGACACCUCCAUGCUCCACUUCAUCACCAGCAUCUGCGCGCGCCUCCUGGCUUUCACCAACUCCUGUGUGAACCCCUUCGCCCUCUACCUGCUGAGCAAGAGCUUCCGGAAGCAGUUCAACAGCCAGCUCCCAUGCUGCCGGCCUGGCCUGCUGUCGCGCUCCCACAGCACUGGCAGGAGCACCACAUGCAUGACCUCCCUCAAGGCCACCAACCCUUCCGUGGCCACCUUCAGCCUCAUCAACGGGAACAUCCGCCAUGAGGGGUAUGUCUAGACUGGCCCACAGGGGGCCCUGGUUUUGCU